UCUUUUUUUUUUUGGAAUGGUUUGACUGAUUUUCAUUCUGCUGUUAUUGUUAUAAUCUGUUGUUUCUUGUACUUCCGUUACUUCUUUUUCUGGAAUGCGUUGACUGUUUUUCCUUUUGCUGUUUUUGUUAUUAUGUGUUGUUUCUUGUACUUCCGUUAUUCUUUUUUCUGAUAUGUUUUGGACUGUUUUUCCUUGACCCGAGGGUCUAUCGGAAACAACCUCUCUGCCUCUGAAGUAAGGGUAAGGUAAGGCAAGGCACUGAGUAUGUUGUUGUUAAAGUUGGUGAAAGUUACCUCUGAAAAUAAACAGGCUGAUUUCUUAAUUGAAGUAGAUCGGAACGCUAGCUUUUCCAGCUUUGAUCUAUUUCAUCAUCUGUCUACCAUGCGUCCUCUGUCUCCGUCAGCUCCACCUCCAGGCUUGAUGAGUUCCUGUGGGACUGAUGGUGAAAUCUUUUUGGUCCUCCACCAGAUUAACCGUGGAUCGCCCAUCCCUGAUGAUUUGAUUGAGUUUAAUCCCUAUCAGUAUGAUCCUUCAAAUUUGCCAGAUGGAGCAUGGUUCCUAGUAAGAAAAACUGAGGAAAAAUCGACGGAAUAUGGACUCUGGAGAGUAAAAGAUUCAGCCUGUGAAAUAUUUGCAAAUUCUGAUAUCAGUGGUUGGAGAACCACUUAUGAAUUUUUUCAAGUCCAAGCCUCUAUCGAACAGAAAACUGUCUAUAUAAUGCAUGAGUAUAAAGUAACACCAAAAGGGCAGCGUGAUCUGACCAAGUCACAGGAGUCUGCAAUUUGUAGAUUUUUUGGUUUGUGGAAUGAUGCAGAGCAAGACGAUGUACGUCACCUAUUGAGCUAUUUUAGCUUUAUCCCAUCAGUUAACCCAGACACUAGCGGUAACGAUGGGCAACGUUCAAUUGCUGAACCCCAGGUAAACGGACAGAUAGAAGGGGCUGGGUCAUCACUCGUUGACAAAUGGAUAGAUCAGUCUGAGAUAGAUUGCAUUAUGCGAGGGGACUACCUGGAAUUGAAUGACCUUAUUGAUGGAGCAUCACAUGAUUCGUCUAGUUCAGAGAAUACAAGUCGCCAGAGCUUCGUGUCUGAUGAAUUUUUCAAUUCUCGGGCACUUCUUGCGGAACUAGAUGAUGAGAAGAAGGAAGAUUUGAGUGGAAAAGGUUCACUUCUUGCGGAACUGAAUGAUGAGAAGAAGGAAGAUUUGAGUGGAAAAGGUUCGACCAGCAAUCAUCAUACCAUAAUGAUGUGUCAAAUAGCAAAUGAUGUAGUUGUGCAGCCUGGACCUUUAGGGUUUGUAUUUAUAGGGAAUGAUGCUAAAGCCAAAGAAACUCAACAAACUCCUGAUAAUGACAAAUCGAAAUCUCAAGAUCAGGCUGUUAAGAAAAUGAAGGCGGCUAAGAAACUGAAGGAUGAAGGUCCAUCACAUGCUCGUAGAGCCACAUCAUCCAGCAGCAGCAACAGCAGCAGUGAUGAACCUGGACGUGCAGCUCGAAGGGAGGAGAAACGUUCAAAGAAGCUAAUGAAGUUCCUGUGUUUUAUGCCUUUCUAGUUUCUACAUCCUUGUUGUUUCAACUCUUACUAGUAUAGUUUUAACCAAAAAAAAAAAAG